AUGGCUGUCCUUCCCCUUAUCCCAGGCAUAAACGUCUCCAUUCUAGUGGAUGGUACGCCAGCCACAGAGCACAUACCCGUGCCCGAGGAUUUCCCGCCUUUCAUUGAUUCAACUGGUCAUCAAGGCGUCGAGCACAAUAGAUGCCACAUUGAGUCCCAAGCUGGGAAACAUUUUGCCAUCCGCAUUAAAAUCUCAUCUAUAUUCAAGUUCUUCCCGGGCGAAAACACUCUCAUCGUCUCCAUCUACAUCGACGGCAAUCCUUUCGAUAAUGUAGUUAUCCCAAGAAGAUACAUUGUUAGCGCAGCGCGUGAAGACGAAGAGUACAACGAGGUUAUUUCGUGCUGUCACCGCGAGUUUCCGGAUGGCUCGUCAGAGUGUUACAAGCCCGUCUUUCGAGACAUCAGACAUCCUGGCAAGUCUACCACGAGACCCACAGAUCACAACAUGACUAACGUCAACGCAGCGUAUCAGACGGAUGAUGCCCUUUCCAUCAGUGAUGUUGAGAGUAUCAUGGCCUUGGGGAGCAUCCAAGUCGCUAUCGAGGUUGCGAGAGAAACCGGCCCUGGCGUGAUGGGCAACGAUGAGUUCAGCGACGAUAAGAGCAACGAGACUCUCGUCAUUGACAACGAGGUACUUCAACGGGAUGGUUCCGGUCAAAUCCACGCAACCACCUACACCAGGACAAAUGACACUCUCGACGUGGAGUACAUUGCUGUUGAUUGUGAGGACCACAUCGGAAACUUCUUCUUCUACUAUCAAUCUGCUCCUGCUCCCAGGGCUGCGUUCAACUUGCAAAAGAAAUUCAUAGACCGGAACGCUAAUGAAAUGGUCCAUCUGCACUCACAACCCAGCAAGUCAUACAAACUGAGUGACGCGCCACAAGACACUUUUUUUUGA